GGCAAAGCAAAAUGUUUUCCACGAGAGGUGUUUCCAUCCUUUGCUGCGACGCCAUGACUUCUAAUGUAAUCUGAGUCCCGCACAAAUAGGAUCGAGAGUUUUUGUGGAGGAACAGCUCGAGAACAAGAUGGCUGUCCUGGGGCGAGAAAAGUACCUUUCUCACUUCAUAUAAACACGGCAUUUUGAUGCGACCGUCAGUUUCAUGGAGAUAAUAGCUUGUUAGGUAACAACUUUAAAAGCUUUAAAGGCAUCUGUUUAUAACGACGGAAAUUGUUUUUGAGACGGAUUGGAAGAUCGCUUGAUGUUUUCACAAGGAAAGUUUUCUUAACGGUUUGAUGAGAGUGAAAGCAACUGACGCUGGCUUCGAGGAGCAGGACACCGUUGUUUAAAUGUCUCUGCUGUGACCUUCAAAUACAGCGUUACGAAUUAUUUCUCUAGAUUGUUCAGUUAUUUGGCCAUUUUCCCAGUCUGCCUGCUUUGGUUUGUAGGCGUUUCUUGAGUAUCUGUGAAGCCCGAAAUGCUCCAGCCGUUAUAAACUUUUAUAGGAGGUUUUUGCGUUUUUUACACAACGUCUAACUUUUUCAGAUGCCCCGCACCCGAUAAAAGACAUCCAACUGGACCAUGAGUUCGUCCCGAGUCAGACCGCAGCAGCUACCGCAGAGCCAGGCUGGCAGGUUGCCCCACAGGCUUGACUCAAGCGAAGGAAUAGAGAUGGAGAACAUCCAGCAUCAAGACGUGGGUCUCGGGGGAGUGAUAGGCACCCCGUCCCCUCCGUCGAGACAAGCAUGGAGUCGGGAUAACCCGGGGUUUGAGCCUGAAGAGGAGAUUAUGGAAGCCGACUGGCCUCCAGCGAGUCCCGGGAGGAGGUCGGCGUCCACGGCCUCCAGCAGCAGCUGCAGCAGCGGCCUGGGCAGCUACCCCGGCGGGGGCAGCAGCACCCACAUCUCCCGAGGAGGACUCUACCCGACCCCGACUGUGGAUGUCCAGCAGCAGGACCGACAUGAGCAGCGCAGCUGUAUGAAGCAAAUACUCCAAAAAAUCAGAAUUCUGUGGGGGACAGAGCUGAUGGAGGACAGUGACAGCAGUCGAGAAAGGUACCUCAGGAACGUACUGAGGGAGAUGCUCACAUAUAUCACAUUCCUCGUCACUAUUUGUAUCUUGACCUAUGGGAUGGUGAGUGCCAAUAUGUACUACUAUACCAAAGUCAUGUCUCAGCUUUUCCUGGACACACCGUUGUCUGCCGGGGACCCUUCCACUUUUAGAGGCCUCUCAACUAUGGAAGAUUUUUGGAAGUUCACAGAGGGACCUUUCCUCAAUGGCAUGUACUGGGAGGUGUGGUACAACAACAAGAGCCUGCCAGAGAAUCAGAGUCUCAUCUACUAUGAGAACCUCCUCCUGGGGGUGCCGCGGCUCCGGCAGGUCAAAGUCCGCAAUGAGUCCUGUUCCGUCCACGAAGAUCUGAGAGACGAGGUUCAGGAAUGCUACAACAUGUACACUCCAGCGAAUGAGGACACCACCUCCUUUGGCCCGAAGAAUGGAACUGCGUGGGUCUACACCACAGAGAGUGAGAUGAAUGGGAGUAGUUAUUGGGGUCAGGUAUCAAAAUACGGAGGCGGUGGAUACUACCAAGACCUGUCUCGUACGAAAGAGGAGUCAGCGAUCCAACUACAGUUUCUCAAAGACCACUUGUGGCUGGACAGAGGCACCAGAGCUGUGUUUCUUGACUUUUCCGUCUACAACGGGAACAUUAACCUCUUCUGCAUCGCCAGGUUGUUGGUGGAGUUCCCUGCCACUGGUGGGGUGGUGACCUCCUGGCAGUUCCAAACCGUGCGUCUGAUACGAUAUGUGUCCAGCUGGGACUACUUUGUUGGUCUGUGCGAAGUAGCAUUCUGCCUAUUCAUCCUUUACUACAUUGUGGAGGAAGUACUGGAGAUCCGUAUCCACCGCCUGCAUUACUUCAAGAGCCUGUGGAACUGUCUCGAUGUUCUCAUUGUUGUGCUGAGUGCUGUUGCUAUUAUCAUGAACAUAACCAGAACGGCCAUGGUUGGCAAUCUUCUCAAAAGCCUACUGGAGAACCAUACUGCUCACCCCAGCUUUGAGUCUUUGGCCAACCUGCAGGUCCAGUUCAACAACGUUGCUGCAAUCAUUGUCUUUUUUUCCUGGGUCAAGCUUUUUAAGUUCAUUAACUUCAAUAAGACCAUGAGUCAGCUCUCCAGCACCAUGUCUCGCUGCGCCAAGGACCUUGUGGGUUUUGCCAUCAUGUUCUUCAUCAUCUUCCUGGCGUAUGCCCAGCUAGCCUACUUGGUGUUUGGAACCCAAGUCAACGAUUUCAGCACUUUCCAAGCCAGCAUUUUCACCCAGUUUCGAAUCAUUCUCGGAGACUUUGAGUUCUCAGAAAUAGAGGAGGCGAAUCCAGUCUUCGGACCGAUCUACUUUACAACCUUUGUAUUCUUCAUUUUCUUUAUUCUCAUGAACAUGUUCCUGGCAAUCAUCAAUGACACAUACUCUGAGGUGAAGGCUGACAUGUCCCAGCAAAGGUCUGAAAUGGAAAUGACUGACCUCAUCAAGAAGGGUUGUAACAAAGCUUUGUUGAAGUUGAGACUGAAGAAGACGGCAGUAGAUGACAUCUCUGACAGUUUGCGUCAGGCCGGGGGCAAACUAAACUUUGAUGUGCUCCGCCAGGAUCUUAAAGGAAAGGGCCACACAGAUGCAGAGAUUCAGGCCAUUUUUGCCAAAUAUGAUCAAGAUGGUGACCAGGAGCUGACAGAGCAUGAACACCAGCAAAUGAGAGACGACCUGGAGAAAGAGAGAGAGGACUUGGAUCUGGAACGCAAUUCACUGACUAGACCCAGCAGUGGUCGGAGCUUCCCUCGCACCCAGGACGACUCGGAGGAGGAUGAUGACGAGGAUAGCGGCCACAGCUCUCGUCGUCGUGGCAGCAGCUCAGGGGGUGUCUCAUAUGAAGAGUUUCAAGUGCUGGUAAGACGCGUGGACAGGAUGGAGCACUCAAUUGGCAGCAUAGUGUCCAAGAUAGAUGCUGUGAUUGUGAAGCUGGAAGCCAUGGAGAGAGCUAAACUCAAAAGGAGAGAUGUGCUGGGGAGACUGCUGGAUGGAGUUAUGGAGGAUGAACGUCUUGGACGGGACACAGACGCCCACAGGGAGCAGAUGGAGAGGCUGGUGAGGGAGGAACUGGAGCGCUGGGAAUCUGAUGAUAUGGUCUCACAGGUCAGCCACCCACAGCCAGCCACUCCUGUCGGCCCCCGGCCCCGUCCGUCCUCCGCCUUGUCCACCGACGGCCUUGACACAAUCACAAAUGGGAGUAGCCAUGUGUGAGGACUUGGCCUGGUGAAGAAUAUUCCACUCUGGCAAGAAACUGUCUAUUGGAAAUUUCCUGGCAGCGUUACAAGUAAAUGAAGACGUGGGACCAUUUUUGCAGAACAAAACGAGAUAUCUUAUUGAAGCUGUUUAAACUUUUUGACGGUAUUACAGAGGAGGUGACAGAACUACAUGCACUUCCCUUCAAAUACUUAAAUGCACUGAAAGCGAAUGAGGCUCUCCAGAGACUUCUGAAAGUAUUUCCCAGAGCUUUUAUCAAAUAUUUCUUUAAACAGGAUGGUUAAGGGAAGCAAAAAUGUGUGGAAGGGGGUGGAGAAUAACGAAGGAUUUACAGCACAGUAUUACAUCAUUCACAGUAUACGCCUGCCUUGAAGCAUACUCAGUUGUACUCAGAAUACACAGCGUAUGAUUUUAGUGUUACAUGAGAAAUAUGCUCCACCUGCUUUUGAUUAUCCACAUGUUUUACACAAAUACCAAAAGGUGUUUCUAUGACUGUUAAUUUUGCUGAUUAUUUUUUCAUCGUUAUAAUAUACAGUAGAUACAAGUGUGGCACAUUCUGUCAUAUUUACUCAUCUUCUGUACAUCAAUGAAGCUUCAAAUUAAGUAGCUUUACAUUUUAUGAUACAUAUUGUAACUUAUAACAAACUUCGAUUUGGAGUGCAUCUAGUGUUCAUGGGAAACCCAUGCAUUUAUUAUUUUUUCCCUGUGCCUUACUUUUUUUUUUUUUUUUUUUACAAUCUAUUCCUUUUUUAAUCUGUUAUGACAAAAUAAAGUGUUAUUAAAAUAA